AGGCAAAAUGUUGUUAAUGAUGACGUCACUAUGAGUCUGUCCUCCAAUAAAUCAUACGUAAGAGCCGAUCAAAAUAGGAGUGGAAUUCUGCUUACCAUAUAAGGUAAAAACAACAACGUGUAAGCAGAGCUCAAUGGAAAGUGAAAAAAAAAAAACAGUACUUGGUCAGUCGCCCAGAAGACGGACACCGUUGGUACCGAACCGAACUGGAGCGAAAAAAUGUUUAAAUCCGUGAGAAAACGAAUUGGUGUUUGAACUUUAUAAAUCUAUUGGCCCAAACAAAGUAUGGUAGUAAGGUCUCUCAACGUAAGCAACCAAAACCUUUGCCUCUUCAAUAUCUCAACUGAGUUGAAAGAUGGAUCUAGAUAUUUAUGCUAUCUUCUAAGAGGAUUGUAAUAUAUUUACCAAUCGAGAUUGAAUGGAACGCUUGAUCCACAAGGCUCGAACUAAGCGCGUGACAAUUGUCAAGUCACGCUUGUUACGGGCUGAUAUUGACAAAAUAGGUAAAUCUAUUUACUCUGAAAAUGACUGCACUGCGAGCAGCUUCUCAUUUUUACGCGUGGUUUGUGAAUUUUAAAUAUUAAGUCAAGCUGAUUUAUUUUUUGUUCUUUUGAUUGUGAGAAGCCUGUUUGUUUUCAGUCGUUAUCCUGCCUGUUUGUUUUUAGUCGUUAUCCUGUUAUUUUAAAAAUAAGCCUUACUUUACUUCGCUAUGUACGCAGUAUUGACAGGUCUAGACAAGAUUAAUGCAGUAUCUUAUUGCAUCAGGUUGAGCCAAGUCCGCGAUUAGUCGAGAUUGUUUCGAGAAUCAGCCAUACGAAAUUUUGGCUUUUUGAAACAAGUAAUCUUGACUCCUAUCUCUAAGAACUGAAAGUUCAAUCAACUGAGGGGAAAUUUUGUUGAAGGAAAUCAGACAAAGUAAAUCCAGGAACGAUUACACCUGAACUGAAUACGUCGUAGUUAUUAUGCAACGCUGAAAUGGCCGCCCCAGAGAAAAAUGAGAUCAACGAACCAGCUUCAAAUAUGGAACUUAAAACGUUUCAGGCAAAUUUUCGCACGUUGUCUCAAGAAGAAGGCAUGGAGGAAGACUGUCAGAAGAAUCCUUUGAAGAUCAUUUGCGUAGGUGAUUUCACAGGUGGUGUGAGAACCAAGGGUAUCUUUAUUAAGGAUUACUUAGGAAUCAAACCCACCAUUAGAUGUCAUCCUUUCACUUGCGUUGAUUUUUAUCUGAAGAAAGUUGAAUGGCAAAAGCCUGAUCACUGCAGUCGCAAUUCGAUUGUCGUGCAACUAUGCGAUAUAGCUGAAAUGGAACGUUUUUCCGCCAUGACCAAGGUCUUCUUUAAGCACAGUCAAGGAGCCAUGGUAUUUUGGGGACCUCACAAUCCAUCGUCACUUGCUGGAGCAUUGCAAUGGCGGAGAAAGAUCAAGGAGGAUGUAUCUCUUUCGAUUCCUUGCGUUCUAGUCACAGAUAAUGUCACAGACUCUUGUGUGAGUUCAAUAAAGUGGAUUGGACCAGGGAAGAUAUUUGAGAGCGAGUUAGCGCUGGAUCAGUUCUGUAAAGAUAACAGCUUUGUAAAUCAUUUUGAGCUCACGGCACGCGAUUGGGUGUCCGGGGAAAAGAGUGUUUUUGGACAAGCUGUGAACUGUCUUCUUGACGAGAUUUUGCAGAGCGAAAAGAAAGAACAGUCUUGCGUGUAACGCAAUUAUUCUCAGACUAAUCUAUUUCGCAGCCGGCUUCGAAGCCUUUGCUGGGUUUCAUCACACAACAACCUCUCCAUGCGUUGCGUAACGAGACCAAACAACGGCUACGAAGGAGACGGUUAAACCUGCAUCUGACUCAAUGCAAAAUUACGUGUUAAAUGAACAUGCAUUAAGAAUUGAACAUUAGAACUUUGCUAGCAAAUAUCACUACCAUGUACUAAUUAGUGAUUUUACGCUAUGUUAUGACGUAACUCACAAAUACUGAUCUUCCUUAGGGAUUUAUGGAGGCCAAGCUUGUACAUGUUCCAUGCCUUGUCACACAACUUAACAAAAUCUUUCUAAUUGUGUUAAGAUAAGUAAGAUCUUUUGACAGGGAGCCCACGUCACAAAGUGUGGUUUUCGGUGAGGCCCUGCAUAAAUCUAACGUAAGGAUAACAGAAAAUAUAAAUAUGGUUAUCAAGAAAAGGAUAAAAGGGCAUAAUCGAUAGAAGAGACUACAUGUUUUUAACAAGACGUCUAAAAACUAAAAAAUCGGAAAUGUUCCUAAUGCCGUCUGGGAGAGCGUUCCAGUCAUCUACUGCAUGACAAACAAACCGAUGCUGACCCCAUGUACGCUUUGAUUGUGGUUUACAAAUGUUGUUAUUAAAACGAGUGUUAUAAAAAGGUAAUCCUGGCCAUUAGAAGUGAGAAUGCCUCCGAAAGGAGUCGGCAAAAUGAGCAACGGGAGAAUUUGACAUCCGCUAGCAUUAAUUUCUCAGUUUCGUCGAGUUUACUAUUUGAUCUGUUAUUUGGGGAUUUACUGCCAUUUGAUGGGCAGGCUACUAGAUAAAGGAGCUGAGAAAAUAAAAAGA